UUCUUGCACCCUAAAGACAUCAAGAAUAAAGAAAAUCCAAAUAUACAAUCGAAAUUCUCUUAUUUUCACCUUUUAAUUUGAUUGUGUUCUUGAAGGGUUGCUACACGUAAUGGAUGAAAGGAAGAUUAAACUUCACAUUUUAUUACUCUCUUUCUUACUCAUCUCCUUAGUUCCUUCGAUUCUCGGAUUCAAAAUGAGAGGCACUACUAGAUCUGAGCUGGGAGCACUGCACGGAGGAGAGUACUUCCCGGCGAUGAAGAGCAGGAAGCUGAUGGUUACAGUUUUGGAAGUUGAUUAUUCAGGUGGUUAUGAUGAUGGAGCCUCUUCAGCAUCACCAUCACCACCAGUGCCUGAUUAUGAUGAUGACAUCUAUAAAAGGCAAGGUGAUGUCCCAAGCCCCGGUAUUGGCCAUAGAUGAUACUUUUUUCGUGUGUAGUCUCUACACAUACACAUUUCAGCAUUUUGCGUUAUAUAUAUACCCAUACAUGUUGUUUAGUUGUUCUUCAUAUUGUUUUUGUCCUACGAGGUCGUCUUCUCAUAUACACAUUUUAUGUUGCUCUUUUUUUUCAUUUUGGUAUAUAUAUAAAUUUUAAUUAUGUUUUUUUUUUUGUAAUAUAAAUA